AUGUUCACGCGAAGGUGCAAUACGGAUGCUGAGUUCAGAAUAAUUCAAUGUUGCUCUGCUUGUAACAUCAAUGUUGAGUCGAUUUCCUACGAUCUCAUAGCUGGUUCGCUGGUAUCGGCGCAGUGCUACGACAGGUAUGGACAGGGAUUUUAUCAGUAUUGUGAAAAUUUUCGGUACGUGAACUCCACCGAUGUGUUCGAGUCUCAGAGGAAGUGGAACUGCGAUGGGGAAAAUCCACAAAUAGCUUUUCGUGCAUGUCGGAAAUCGUGUGGAUUCUGCGAUUUUUCCAACAUCAAUUAUACAAUAGCCAAUGCCGAAAAAGCUUGUAAGAAACACUCGAGUGGAUGGAGAAAUAAAUUAUUACCAAGUGGAACCGGCAAGGAUGAUGCUGAACCACUUUCUGCGUGGCUG